CACUCUCAACAACUCACUGCGUGAGUAGAUUCCAUGUCUUCAAAUAUGGCUCCUGCUGCUACAGGUGUUUCAGCCGGUGUUCCCGCCACUGUGCCCGCAAACGCAAAGGGAUUGAAGAACUCUGACGCUGCAGCUGCUGCCGCCACAGACAACACAGCAAUCGAAAAGAAAGAGGUCAAAAUCGAAGCUGACCGUCUUCUUUCAUCUGCUGACAAGGAAGCUGUCCAAGAAUUGGUCAACCUCGUCAAAGUUGAGGGCCCAGACGCUCUCACCAACCUCGGCAUUGGUGCCGUUAUCCAAAAAGGUCUCUCUGACAAGAAGAAUGCCUCAGCUCGUGAAGGUGCAUGUGCUUUAAUCUCCUCCUUGUGCGAACAAGGUGUUGGUCACGAAGUUGAACCAUUCUUGAUCGAAAAGGAACUCAACAGCAUCGUUGAGGCUAUGGGUGACAAAGAAAAGACUGUCCGUGAAGCCGCUCAAGAUGCUUUGCGCAACUUCGUCCAAAUUAUGUCUCACUGGGCUGUCCCUCAAGUUUUGAGCGUCUUGUUGAACCAAGCACGCACUGCCGGAAAAUGGCAAGUCAAGACUGGAUGCGUUGCCACAAUCGAAGAAUUGGUUGUCGCCGCUCCUGACCGUAUGGCAGCUGCUAUGCCUGACAUCAUUCCCGUCAUGUCUGAAAUUAUCUGGGACACCAAGAGCGAUGUCCAAAAGGCAUCCCGUGCAGCUUUGAAGAAGUUGUGCAACUUGAUCUCCAACAAGGAUAUUGAACGUUUCAUUCCUGCUUUGAUCAACUCUUUGAUCCACCCAGUCGAAGAAGUCCCAAAGACUAUUCAAUUGCUCGGUGCUACCACAUUCGUCUCCGAAGUUGAUUCUCCUACCUUGGCCUUGAUGGCUCCUCUUUUGUCCCGUGGUUUGUCAGAGCGUGCAACCCCAAUCAAACGUAAGGUUGCCGUCAUUAUUGACAACAUGGCCAAAUUGGUCGACAACGAACGUACCGUUCGUCCCUUCUUGCCCAAGCUUUUGCCUGGUUUGAUCAAGAUGGAAACCACAAUGGCCGACCCAGAAGCACGUGGUGUUGUUCAACGUGCCAUCAAGACUCUUCGUCAAAUCGGUCAAGUCGAAGGUGACGGUUCAGAAGUCAAACCUCUUGAUGAUGUUGACAUCAAACAAUCCGCAUCUAAACUUGAUGAAGUCCUUGCCAAGGCAAACAUCAAGGGUAACAAGACCACAAUUGCAUACAUUGCUCAACUUGUUACAAACUUGGCAAACGCACGUAACUUCGAGGGAACUGAAUGGGAUACCACACUUGUACCAUACUUGUCCUUGCUCAAGACAGCAGAUGUUGAGGCAAGCAAGAAGGUUACCAAGGAAAUGCUACAAGCAUUGGCCAAGGCAACCGGUGACGAAGCAGAGAUCUUGGAAGACGAAGAAGAAGGUGAAGACUUGUGCAACUGUCAAUUCUCCCUUGCUUACGGUGCCAAGAUCUUGUUGAACACAGCCACUUUGCGCUUGAAGCGUGGUCAUCGUUACGGAUUGUGUGGUCGUAACGGUUCCGGUAAAUCUACAUUGAUGCGUGCUAUCCAAAACGGACAAGUUGAAGGUUUCCCUUCCCCUGAAGAAGUCCGUACAUGGUACGUCGAACACGAUUUGGACGGUUCAGAAGGAGAAAUCUCCAUUUUGGACUUCAUUGUCGCUGACAAGCGUCUCAAUGUCCAACGUGAAGAAGCUUCUGCUACUUUGCUCGAAAUGGGCUUCGAUGCUGGUAAGCAAGCCGGUCCAAUUGCCUCCCUAUCUGGUGGUUGGAAGAUGAAGCUCGCUUUGGCACGUGCUGUGUUGUUCAAGGCCGAUAUCUUGUUGCUCGAUGAACCCACUAACCACUUGGAUGUCGUCAACAUCAAAUGGAUUCAAGACUACCUCACCGGACAAAAUGCAACCUGCAUCAUUGUCUCUCACGACUCCAAAUUCUUGAACGAUGUCUGCACAGAUAUCUUGUACUUGAACAGAUUCAAAGUUAAGCGUUAUCCAGGUACAUUGGACAACUUCGUCAAGCGUGUCCCUGAAGCCAAGUCAUACAUUGAAUUGACAUCUGGUGAAGAUUACAGCUUCAAAUUGCCUGAUCCACCACUUUUGGACGGUGUCAAGACCAAGGAAAAGUCUCUCGCCAAGAUGCGUAACGUUUGGUUCCAAUACCCAGGUACCCCAGAGCCACAACUCAAGGGUGUUACCAUGCAAUUGUCAUUGUCCUCCCGUGUUGCCGUUCUCGGACCAAACGGUUCCGGAAAGUCAACAUUGGUCAAAUUGUUGGUUGGUGACACUGAACCAAAAUCUGGUGAAGUCUGGAAGCACCCUAACUUGGUCAUCGGUUACGUUGCCCAACACGCUUUCCACCACAUCGAUCAACAUUUGGACAAAACACCUUUGGAAUACAUGCUAUGGCGUUACCAAACUGGUGAAGAUUUGGAAGAAAUGAUGAAGGGAUCUCGUCAAUUGACAGAUGCAGACAAGGAGAAGAUGAAGAACGGUGAAGUUGUCGUUGUUGAAGGUGUCAAGCGUAUUAUUGAAGAGCUCGUCUCUCGUAAGAAGCUAAAGAACUCCUUCCAAUACGAAGUUUCAUUCAAGAACUACUCUUCAGCAGACAACCAAUGGCUAUCUCGUGACGAAUUGAUCAGCCGUGGUUUCGAGAAGAAGGUUAUGGCCAUCGACUCCAAGGUUGCCCAAGAAUUGGGUAUGAACCGUCCUUUGGUCAAGAAGGAGAUCGAAUCUCACUUUGCCCUCUUGGGUCUUGAACCCGAAUUCACCUCUCACUCUCACAUGCGUGGUUUGUCUGGUGGUCAAAAGGUCAAGGUCGUCUUGGCUGCUGCCACAUGGCGUCGUCCUCACGUCAUCGUUUUGGAUGAACCUACUAACUUCUUGGACCGUGAAUCUUUGGCUGCUUUGAUUGCUUCCUUGAAGGACUUCCAAGGUGGUGUUGCAUUCAUUACCCACUCUUUGGAAUUGGCCGAAUCCGCUGCUACUGAACGCUGGAAGAUGGCUGAUGGUACUUUGGAAGCCUCCGGUGCCAACUGGGUCGAAGGUCAAGGAUCUGGACCACGUAUCGACCAAAAGAAUGAAGAGGAAGAAGAUCAAUUCGAUGCAAUGGGUAACAAGAUUGUUGCCGCAAAGAAGAAGAAGAAGGAAUCUGCUUCUGACAAACGUAAAGCAAAGAAAGAUCGUAUGGCAAGAAGAAAACGUGGAGAAGAAGUCUUAACUGACGAAGAUGAUCUAUAAUGAUUUUCACCCCUUCUCCCCACACUUUCACGAUCAGUCACGAGUUCCAUCCUUUCCUUUCCUCUAUCAUAGCACAUUAUUACCAUCAUUCAUCAUUCUCGCUCGUGUUUUCUUAUUGUACUAACAGGCAAUCAUAUAUAGCCUAGCCUCUUAAAAAUACGCCGGAUAUCUGGC